AUGAAUGCAGACCCGCCGCCGCCGCCGCCCUGGGUUUGGAUGGUCCCUGGCUCGCCGGGCUGCUCCGGCUGGGCGCCGGGGGUCGCUCCCCCGCCAGUGCUGCUCGCCUCGGCCCAGGCCCCCGCCGCCCCUCUGCUCCCGGGGCCGCCCGGCUGGCAAGCCGCGGGCGAGCCCCUGCUGCCUCUGCUGCCGCUGCCCUCUGCGCCAGACCACGCCGCCGCCGCCGUGCACCACUACCCCUUGCUCAACGGGCAGUGGCUUUUUGGUGGUCCUUCUCCGUCCGUUGGACUGUCCCCCUCUUCCACUGUGGAAUUGGUGCCCCUUUUCCCACAUGUCUGCCCAUCUGCUCUUCCACCUCCUGUUGGGAAAAGUUGGAUAGACAAAAGGAUACCUAAUUGUAAGAUCAUUUUUAAUAAUGCCUUUGCUCUGGACUCAACGUGGAUAUAUCCUGAAGAACUGAGAUUAUUCCAUGGGCUCGAAAAGCCUCAACUGCUGGCAAACCAAGUGGCGACAUCUCUGAGCGGGCCGGCCCCGGCAUCCAGGCUGCGCCCCGCGGUGCGGUUAGCCCCUCGGCCUGCGCCAGGUGGGUGCUCACGUAUCUGUGACGCGGCUGGUUGGUUUCGGUUUUUUGUUUUGUUUGCAGACAAGUGGGCUGAGCCGCAGGAGGAGGGGCUGGUGUGGGCGGGCAGUGGGCGCCCAGACUCGACCUCUUCACGUGACCGGAACCCCGCGAUCCCGCUGGACCCGUGCUGUGAGUCCUGCGCCCUCUACAGCGCCCUGGGGUUCUUCGCCGUUCCUCGGCUUAGGAUCCGUGGCUGCUUCCCCAAAGUGUGA